AUGCCUUUGCCAGACAACGAAAAGACCGUUGAGACGGCAAAUAAGCUUGUCAAGACCUUACGGGGAGCCUUCAAUACCCCAUCAGCGUAUCGUCCAGCACACGCUCGAGGCAGACUCGUCAAAGGAGCGUUCGAGCCCAGCACACGCGCAGCGGAGCUGUCCAAGGCACCACACUUCCACAGCUCAGAAACACCAGUAGUAGUGCGCUUUUCAUCUGCCACCGGCCUCCCAAACAUCCCAGACACGAGCGGCGAUGCAAAUCCUCGUGGCAUGGGGAUCAGGUUCGUUUUGAGCGACGACGGUCAUCGGCAUACCGAUAUCAUCGCGCACUCGACUGCAUUCUUUCCAGUUCGCACGGGCGAGGGUUUUCUCGAGCUAUUGGGUGCCAUUGGCGGUGGCACGAUUGGGAAGUUCCUCGAAGAGAACCCUGCUGCAGCUGCGUUCGUAAACGACCCUAAACCAUCACCUACCAGCUUCGCUACAGAGAAGUACUAUGCCGUCAAUGCAUUCAAGCUGAUCUCCGGCGAAGGGAAGGAGACCUCCAUCCGGUACCGAGUCGUGCCAGAGGAGUUCUCGGUCCUAUCGGAGUCUGACCUGGCCACAAAGUCGGAGUCCUAUCUGUACGAGGAGCUACCAACGCGUUUGGCACAAGGACCUGUCGUGUUCAAGCUCGUAGCUCAGAUCGCUCAGGACGGAGAUGUGACAGAUGAUGCCACAGUACAUUGGCCAGAAGAGCGUGACAUCGUUGAGUUAGGGACCAUCGAGCUCAAUGAGAUGGUGUCGGAGGCUGAGAGCAAGAAAUACGAGAAGCAUAUGAUAUUGGAUCCGAUCCCGAGAGUCGAUGGAAUUGGGCCAAGUGAUGAUCCCUUGCUGGACAUGCAAGCGGCGAUAUAUUUGUUGUCGGGAAGGGAACGGCGAGCAGCUGAGGAGGCGUGA